AUGUUUAGUUUAAAUAGUAAUAAUAACAAUGGCAAUAAUGAAUGCUACUCAUCAUCAUCUUCAUCUGACGACAACGAUAAUGAAGUUUACAAUUUCAAUAACUAUAGCAAAAAUAAUAAUAAUAACAACAAUCAUAACAAUGGCAAUAUAAUAAAUAGAAGAUAUAGUUUACCUUCUAAACAGAAUAAACAACAACCACACCCUACCCUUUCACCUAUAAUUCAAUAUAACAAUAGUCAAACCUUAAAGAAAAAGCAACAACAACAACAACAACAACAACAAACAUAUCAACAAAAUCAACAACAAUAUAAAAGAAAAAAUAAAAAACAUCAACAACAACAACAACAAAAAAUUAUAAUGAAAAUGAUAGUGGUGAAUCUCUCUGAUAACUUGCAUCAGCGAAUCGUACAGUUGGAGAAAGGUGUCGGUGACCAACGUAUCACUAUGAAUCAGUCACCACCACCUCCACUACCACUGCAACAACAACAACCACCACUCACAUCUCUUGACUAUGUUCAAAACAUAGUAGUAGAUUCCAACGAAACCAAAGAGCUACUUGCCAAUUGCUUCCAGGAGAUAAGCAGACUGCUCGAGCGUCAACACCAAUACGAAUCGCUGCUGGCACAACGCGAGCAGACCUGGGAGAUGGAAAUCGAUUCCAUACGUAUGAAACUACUCGACCAGAACCCGAAUUCGUCGUCGUCGUCGCUGCCCUCGUCGUCACUCUCGAUGUUGCGUGACGACUUUUACGACGAGACGGACGACGUCGGAUCUGGCGGUUCUUCGCGCUCACCAUCGCCCUCAUCCUCUGCAGGCUCUUCAUCUUCAAUAAACUAUCGAUACUCUAAUAGCAGUAAAAGACAACUAUCAAAACAACAACAACAACAACCACAACAACCACAACAGCUAUCUAUCAUUAGAAGAGUGUAUCUCUAUGUGUUUGGACCACAAUCAAACAUAUGGAGAAAGAUCAUUGUUAUAUCGCUGGUUGUUAUUGUCUGGCCUAUUGUUUCACACUUUUUGUGGCGAGCGUUCAGUACUUGGCUCGCCAAGAGAAGAGCUAGAAAAGCCGCGCUACUCCUGCAAGCCAGCCAACCACUCUCCAACGCAGCCGCACAGUUCCAAUCUACCAUUGCCAACGUUGGUAAGAACAUCAGCAGCGGCAACAACAAGAACAACAGCAGCAACAACGGUAACAAGAAGAAGAAGAAUAUAAGUGCACCCGACAUCGUUAAGGCAUUCAUCCAAGGUGUCUCUACGGGUGACGGCGGUUCCAACAACAAUAUCACCAACAAUGCAAUCACCUCACUCUCGAAUACACUCAAUAGUCUUACACCAACUUCACUCAUAAACAACAACAAUAGCAACAGUCUUAAUAGCAAUAUUGUUAAUAGUAUCAAUAACAAUAUUGGCAGUAGCAAUACAAAUAAUCUUGUUUCCAAUAUUGGUAACAGUAUUAGCAGUUCAUCAUCGUCGAUGGUCGGUGGAACAGGUAGUUCCAUCGCGUCGCAUCUCAACCACUCCUCACCCUCGCCAUCGUCGGUCGCCACACUCUCGCCAACCGUAACCACCACUUCACUCCUAAGCAACUCAAAAGACAGAGUUAGAGAUUCAAGUCAAAGAUUCAUGGUUAAACUUGUUAAAAACAUUUUAAAAGGUGAUAGCAAUAACGAUUAA